CCAUUCAUCCACCCCUCUCUCUCUCUCUCUCUACUCUCUCACUUCACUCCCACCCAAACCCAACCAAUUCAUCACCAAACCCUAACCCGAAAAAUCAAAAAAAAUCAAAAAAAAAAAAAAAAAACCAACCACCACCAUACCACCCCCACAACUUGAAGGGCACUCUCCCGCAAGAAAUUUCCCCAAUUUUCUCACUCCUCCAAAUGUUAUUCUCUCUCUCCUCAUCCCCAUUGGCCCCCACUCUUCUCCUCCUCCUGCUCUCCGUCCCCCUCCUCUUCCUCGUCGCCCCCCGCCUUCUCCCCCCCCGCCCCUCCCCCAUCUCCCUCCCCGACGAGCUCGACGACCUCUCCCUCUUCCGCCGCGCCGCCCCCGAUUCCCCCUCCUCCCCCCCCCCUCCCCUCCCCUCCGCCCAAUCCCCCCUCGGCUCCCCCAACCCCUCCCCCAACAACGCCUUCCUCUUCCUCACCAACUCCCCCCUCGCCUUCUCCCCCCUCUGGCAAAUCUUCUUCUCCAACGCCUCCUCCCCCCACCUCUACAACAUCUACGUCCACGCCGACCCCGCCGUCCCCAUCCCAAUCCGCCCCCCCUUCACCGCCAAUCACUUCAUCCCGUCGAAAAGAACCGAACGCUCCUCCCCAACCCUCAUCUCCGCCGCCCGCCGCCUCCUCGCCAACGCCCUCCUAGACGACCGCCACAACGCCUUCUUCGCCCUGAUUUCGCAGCACUGCAUCCCCCUCCACUCCUUCGCCUACCUCCGCAAAACCCUCUUCCACCGCUCGAUCGAUCAUUUGGACUACCGCAGCUUCAUUGAAAUCGAGUCGAACAAGACGUUCAUGUCAAACCGGUACAAUGCCAGGGGGGAGGGCGUGAUGUUGCCCGAAGUGCCGUUUGAUAGGUUCAAGGUGGGGUCGCAGUUUUUUGUAUUGACGCGGCGGCAUGCGGUGGCGGUGGUGAGGGAUAGGAGGUUGUGGAGGAAGUUCAGCCUGCCGUGCAUUAGGGAUAGGGAUUCUUGCUACCCGGAAGAGCAUUAUUUCCCGACGCUCCUGUCGAUGGAGGAUCCGGGAGGGUGUACAGGGUAUUCGUUGACUAGGGUAAAUUGGACGGGUAUGGUAGGGGGGCACCCGCACACGUAUGGGGCGGGGGAGGUUUCCCCGGAGCUGAUUUACAAGCUCAGGGAGUCGAAUUUUUCGCAGCAUUACUUGUUUGCUAGGAAAUUCGCGCCGGAUUGUUUGGACCCUCUGUUGAACAUAUCAGAUUCGGUCAUUUUCCGCGACUAGGAGGAUCUGCUUAUGGUCUGAUGAGCAAAAUUGGAGGGAAUUUUUUUAGUGCUAGAAACGGAAGCAGGAUGUUGGAUUGCCACGCGGGAAUAAGGUUGUGAAGAGGCCAUCAAAUGCCUACAACCUAACAACCUGAAGUUUCCAACACAGGUAUAAGAUGAGAUUUGGAAAGCUAGUAGUUAGAAGUGGAUGGAUGUAGCAAUUGUAGCGGUGGUGGUUGUUGAAGUGGGUAAUAGCCCCUUGUGUAUUAUGUACAUUAUGAUGAAUUAACAGAUGUGCAAGUAAUGUGGUUGAACAUCAUGGGCUAUUUCUUAGAGGAAGUUGAAGGAGUGCCAUAUCUUAUUGCCUUCUCAUUUGGAAGGUGGAUCUUGCUCUCCCCUUUUGAAUAGUUUAUACUACCAAAGCUCCAAGUUCAACCAAACCUUGGAACACCCGGGUUUUUUUUUCAGUUGUGUUUUCCCUCGUAAAAUCAGUUCACUUUGGAGAUCACUUUUUUAUUGAACGUUUGAUUAGCUAUGAAUUAUGUAAGGGACUUGCGAGUGUGUGUAUGCACGCGACUGUAACCAAAACUGAUCUGAGGUUCUGUUUGUGGGAGUUUCUGCUGCUUAUGGUUUUCCUCG